GCUCCGCGGCACGCUCAAGUCUGAUUCACUCUGCAGUUCUGAAAAUUGGAAUCUGGACAGAGAAAGUUGCGAACUGAGCUUCAUUCGUCUCCUACUGAGCUGAGUCCUAGGUAGCCCUCAACCGUACCUGAGACAAUCCUAACAAAUCCAGAAAGUGAUCUGUGAAGACAGGAAAAGCAAAGCGCUUGCUUCAGCCAUUGCUAAUCGAUCCUGUGUGGUUGUGGAGUCCAAUCUUUGAAAACUUCAUCAGAGAACCCGACAGACGCCGUUCCGAAAAAGUAGAACGUAAGAUUGUGCAGCAACAAUGGCGGAUCAUCGUGGGCAGAUCAUGAAAGAGUCGGCACUUGAUUCGCCGGGACUGCUCGGUCACAGGGGAGAAGCACACGAUGAGCAGUCUCAUGACAGUGACAAGCAGAACCUUACCAGCAAAAUGAAGACAGGCUUCAGCAAGUUGAAAGCAAAGUUCACUCAUUCAAGUCACGACAACACUGAUACCACCAUGGAAACAUCAGGCCAGUCAACCCCUACUGGAACAGAGGUUCUUGGCAGCAGGACUGUUCCAGGGACUGAACAGUCGCUCCCUGAGUACUCCACGAAGAUGCCGACUUCUACUCCUAUGGUGGCCACCGGGCACACGGGGAGCACCUACUCAGGAGCUGGAGGCCUUGGCACCACCCCCCCAAUUGUGAACAGCAGGGAGCAGGUCUCCACUGUGUCCACGCCAUCUGCCACUGGCUACUCCACUGGCACCGCUCAGGCUGCUCCUUUCUACGGGCAGUCUGACUCGAGUGCCUUUGGAACUGUCGGUUCUGUGGACAAGGCCAAGGAUGUCUCAGAUUUGACAGCAGCUCGUGCGACUGGAGGACACUUUGCUGGUGGUAUGACCUCAGGACAAUCUGUGUUUGAGAAGAACACGCUCGGUGCUGGAUACGGUGGUCCUGCAACUGGCGGCGCUCAUUCCAACGAUUCCGUCUUCGAGAAGUCCCUAUACAGCAAGGAUGAGUCAGUCCUUGCAGCCCCGAGGACUGCUGCCGACAGCUAUUCCUCUGGAUCCAGCUCCGCCUACAACAAAACCGCAGACACUGCUUCUGACCUGAGCUAUCAGGCCCGCGACACGGCGGCUGCCACUUACGAUCGUUCUGCUCAAGCCGCCUCCGACUCCUACCAGAAGGCUGCUGACACCGCCUCUGAUGUCAGCGCGCGCGCCGGCGAGACUGCAUCCACUGCCUACAACAAGACUGCCCAGGCCGCUUCGGACACUGGGGCGUACGCUUCGGACACCACCAAGUCUGCGUACAACAAAACCGCCCAGGCUGCGUCCGAAACCGGGGCGUACGCUUCGGACACCACCAAGUCUGCAUACGACAAAACCGCCCAGGCUGCGUCCGACACCGGGGCGUACGCUCAAGACACCGCCAGAACGGCUUACGACAAGACCGCCCAGGCUGCGUCCGAAACCGGGGCGUAUGCUUCCGACACCGCCAAGUCUGCUUACGACAAGACCGCCCAGGCUGCUUCCGACACCGCCGCCUACACGUCAGACACCGCCAAGUCUGCUUACGACAAAACCGCCCAGACUGCGUCGGACACCGGGGCGUACGCUCAGGACACCGCCAAGUCUGCUUACGACAAGACCGCCCAGGUUGCUUCGGACACUGGGGCGUACGCGUCAGACACCGCCAGGUCUGCUUACGACAAGAGCGCCCAGGUCGCUUCCGACACUGGGGCGUAUGCUCAGGACACUGCCAUGUCUGCUUAUGACAAGACCGCCCAGGUCGCUUCCGACACGGCUGCUUACACCUCGGACGUUGCCAAGUCUGCUUACGACAAGACCGCCCAGGUCGCUUCGGACGCUGGGGCUUACACUGCCGACACGGCGCGGGCCGCUUACGACAAGACCGCCCAGGCUGCUUCCGACGCCGCUGCCUACGCCUCCGACACUUCCCGGGCAACUUACGACCGGGCGGCGGAGACGGCGGAGCCGUACAAGCAGAGCGCGGUGGAUUCGCUGAACCAGACCAAGGAGACGGCCAUUGACAAGACGGAGCAGACCACCGGGGCGUCCGACCUGCGGAGCGAGCAGAAGCCUCUGACGACCAAGGCGUACGAAGUCGUGACUGGGGCGGCGGGCGCGGUUGCCGGCGCUGCUGCAGCCACUGCGGAAGCCGCCGGGAACGCUGCCUCGUCUGUUGCUGCGCGCGCCCAGCCUCAUGUGGAGGCGGCGAAGGAGUCGGCGAUUGACACGACGGAGCAGACCACCGGAGCCUCGGACCUGAGGAGCGAGAACAAGCCGCUGACGUCCAAGGUCGUGGAGGUGGCUUCGGGCGCCGCAGGGGCGACCGCUGGUGCGGUGGCAGCGGCAGCAGCGGCGGCGAAGCAGGCCCUGUUCGGCAAAGGCGCCACCCAGCUGGACGACAAGACCAUCGCCGAGUCUAAGUACGUGAUCGGCGGGGAGGGCCUGACCACCCCAGAGGGCAAGACCACCUCUGCUUACGCCUCUGACGCAAACCCCGCCGCAGUUGCUGCCGGAAACGCCGCCCGCCAGGCUGUCCUCAGCCCUGCCGCCACAGCCGCCGGCCAGGCUGCUCGCGACGCUGUCCUUGGUGGGUCGCAAAGCACGGGCACGGGCAUCCACAGCGCGGGAGCAACACGUGAUUCCAACAUGGCAACCGCCAUGAUGGUCAACACGUCCAACACGACCCCCGAGUCCGGCAGCCUGCUCUCGUCCGGGACCGCCCCCCUCUCCUCCGGCACCGGUGCCACCCCCAUCAGCACCGGCUCUGACUUCAGCGACACGUCAGCAACCUCCGGCGACGCGCGCACCAUCUACCAGAAAGCGGUGGACGCUGCGACUGGCGCCAAGGAGGCGUUCUUCGGGCACCCGGUUGGGACGCCCCAGGCGGUCGUGGCCCAGCAGGAGGAGGCCGCGGGAAGUGUGCCGCCCCCGAGCCCCAGGACGCUCGCUCAGAAGGUGGCGGACGCUGCGACCGGGGCCAAGGAGGCUUUCAUGCACGGCAUCGUCAUGACACCCGAGGAGAAGAAGGCGGCGGAGGCCAAGGAGCUGCUGGUUGCCCGCAUGCAGGAUGCUUCGCUGGUGGAUAAGCCGGUCACUCAGGUUGCCGGCGAGGCAGCCGUGACGACCAAGGAGUCCGUCUUCGGUCCCCCGGAGGCGGCUGCCAGGCACGGGUUCGAGAAGCCUCUAGCGACGCAGGCCCAGGAGGCUGUGAUCCAGGCCAAGGAUGCGGCGGUGCCGUACGUUCAGGCUGGUGUUCAAAAUGCGACCCCGUACGUCCAGGCCGCAGCCGACAAGACCGCCGAGCUGGCCGCCCAGGCCCGCGACACCGCGGCCCCCUAUGCCGCCCAGGCACGUGACACCGUCGCCCAGUCCGCGGUCGCCGCCAAGGACGCUGUGGUGGGCGCUGCGAUUACUGCCAAGGACACCGCCGCAAAUUACGCCGGCCAGGCCAGUGACGCCACCUCCGCUUACGCUACUUCAGCGAAGAACGCAGCCGCGGAUUACACCGGAGCCGCCCAGCAGAAGGCGAGCGAUUACACGACUAGCGCCAGGGACACGAUGCAGGGGAGCGGCACGGGUUCGGCGUCCCAAGGAUAUGACAAUGAUGCGGCACUCAGGGCCGUGAGCGGGGGGUCUGCGCUGUCCGGGCAGGGGGAGCACAAGGGCGGGAUCGCGGCGGUCAUUCACACUGGCGGGAAGGGUGAGUGGGUUGCGGGAACGCCCCCUGCCGAGUAAAGAUGAUGUUUAGCCUGGAGGUUUCUGAGUGUGGGUACGAUAUGCUGAGUUGGAAUGUGCUGAGUUGUACAGUAUGGGACAGAAUGAGGAGCCAGCAGUUGCAAGACGGUCUUGUAUGCUGGUACCACAGGAUCCCUUUGGAUAGGGAGAGACCAAAGCUAAGAUAGUGUACGGUUUGUCCCGAUUUUGGCAGGCGUUAUCAUGAGGUUGGGAAGUAUCUUUUCUGUAGGUCUUGUAUUUAACUCUUCACUUAGUGCACGUCGUCUUGGUUACAUUUGAGGCAGUGACUAGUUACCAUAAUAGAAUAGGAUUUGCACAGCAACCGCUCUUGUAUCCACACUGAAUGGCUAUAAUCAAUUCAGCGUCCAAUUCUGAUCUAGCAUUCCAUAGUCCCGGAUGAUAAAUAUUGUUCCUGUAGUUUCUGCAAGUAUGCAUGUCGUGUAAUUAUAUCUGAGCCUUGAUAUCACUGGCCCGAACUGUCGCAC